UAUAUGACGUUUCGUUCAGGCUGCCAACAAACCGGGGCGCUGAGCUGACGGCAAUCGGCACAGAAUAUUAUUCUGGAAUUAGUGGAAAUUAGAAACUUACCUCAUAAAAUAGUUCUAAAAUGAGUAGACGUUGUUGUAAUUUAUUAAAUUACAAAUUUCUAGCAUGCAUUCUAGUUUUGAUUUGCCACUGUUUUUACAACCCAACCGAUAGCGGCGCCGUACAGAUUACGCAAAGUAACUUGGAUAUGGUAUUGGCUUCCAAUGAGGUGGUAUUUAUCAAUUUCUACGCUGAAUGGUGUAGAUUCAGCAACAUGCUGAUGCCUAUAUUUGAUGAUGCCGCUGACGAAGUGACUAAAGCCGGAUAUGACCCUGGCAAGGUGGUCAUGGGGAAAGUGGACUGUGACAAGGAAGGAGCGGUGGCAACCAGGUUCCAUAUAACAAAGUAUCCCACAUUGAAGCUUUUCCGUAAUGGGGUUGCCGCCAAAAAAGAAUACAGAGGUCAGCGAUCAGUAGAAGCAUUCUCAGACUUCAUCAAAAAACAGCUGACUGAUCCCGUAAUCAUGUUCAGUUCUCUCAAGGAGCUUCAUGGUCUAAGCGAGGACAAAAGACAUAUCAUUGGCUACAUGGAUCGCAGGGACCAGGAGGAAUACCAGGUGCUCAGGAGAGUAGCUGCUAGUCUCAAGGAUGAGUGCAUUUUCCAUGCUGGUUUUGGGGAUGCGUCGCAACAAAUGCAUCCACCAGGCCAGCCAAUCGUUGUAUUUAGAACGGACCGAAAAGUGUCCGAAGAGCCAGAUGAAACCUACAAGGGCUCCCUCACAAACUUCGAUGAGCUCUACAAAUGGGUGCAAGAGAAGUGUAUCCCUCUAGUGCGGGAAAUCACCUUCGAGAACGCAGAGGAACUCACGGAGGAGGGACUGCCGUUCCUGAUCUUGUUCCACCAUCCUACAGACACGGAGAGUGUGAAGAAAUAUAAAGAGAUUAUUAAGAGAGAUUUGGAGUCUGAAAAACAAAACAUCAACUUCCUAACGGCGGACGGCGUGCGCUUCGAGCACCCGCUGCACCACCUCGGCAAGUCCGUGUCGGAGCUGCCGCUCAUCGCCAUCGACUCGUUCCGGCACAUGUACCUGUUCCCCAGCUACGGCGACAUGGACAAGCCCGGGAAGCUCUACCAGUUCCUGCAGGACUUGUACUCCGGGAAACUACAUAGGGAAUUCCACUACGGCCCGGAGCCGAACCAAAUAGCCGACAGCAACGACAUCAAAGUGACCACGCCGCCCGAGUCCACGUUCAAGAAGCUGGCGCCCUCUAAGAACAGAUACACUCUGCUUCGGGACGAAUUAUAAGGUUACUGUGACUAGCCCUUAUCAUUUAGUUUAAGUUCGGAGCCAUCCAACUUCACCUUUCCGUUUAAAUUAAUUCCUUUCUGCAUUUUCCUUCUAUUUAUCAAUCGAUAUUUAUUUUAAUUAAAAGCCUUUUUUUGAACAAAUGUAUUCAUUGCAUUAGAUAAUGCGAGAAUUACCAUGAAAAUGAAUUAAAGUUGUCUGCUAAAAAGAUAAACAAGCGUAACAGGUUUUGUAUUUGAGCCCCAAAAUAAACAUGCAUUUGUGUGCUGACGCGUAGCGUAAUCUAGAAUUCGUUUUUCUAAUAAUUUGUCACAAAUCGCAUGUUGACAGCUAUUAUGGCGACAAAUCAGAAUGUUACUUAGCGUUCUUAUAAGAAAUCGGCGCUUAACUAAAAUGGACUUAAACUGAGAUCAAACCUUAUAGGAACAUUUAGUACCUUAAGCAUUGAUCAGUGUAUCCUUCCAUUCAACUUUGUCAGCCGCAUACAAAACGUUAAGGGUUAAUGUUGGGAUAAACACUACUGGAUCUUAACGCUGUGGAAUCAACAGUUAAGAAAUAAAUUAUUACAUUUUUCUUGUACCAUAUUUAAAGACAAUUUGGAUUUGUUGUCUUUUAUACGACCAUUCAUUUGUCAGACCUUAUGGUGGUCCCGCACUGGCUGUUAUGAAAUGUUAUAAACAGUGAUCGGGGUUUUGGAUGCCGCGGUGUACUAAGUUAGUAUGGAUACGUGUUUAAUAUCCUUUAAGCUGCUCUAAAAACCGCUUUCUUAGUGUAGAUAACAUAUUUAUAAAAUAUCCGACCUUAAACAAGCAGUUAUUGAGGUAAUUCACCCCGAGUGGCAACCAAAACCCCGAUCACUGGUUAUAAAACAUUGUGUGACAGUGACAACAUUAUAAAACAGUAUCAAUACUAUCAUGUUGUCCCUGUCACGCGAUGUUUUAUAACGUUAUAUAACAGCCAGAGUGGAGUUUUAUCUCAUAAGCAAAUGCACUAAAUAUAUUACGUUGUACAGGUUUAUGUUUUUCGCGCGUUUGAAGUUCUAAACCCGUCAGAUUAAGAUGGUUCGCUUUCCAUACAAAAAACAAUUGCCUUUUAUGAAGUCAUUACACACUAUUAUUACAUAAUUAUGUGCGCAUGUAUCUAAUUUUAAAUAUUAGUUUGCGCUAAAUUGAUAGUAAAUCUUUGUUUUAUACAGAAAUCAUGCAAAAGAACGUUAUAUUUUUGAUCUAUGUAACACCAAAUUAACGUUUUUUGCGUGAUUUCUGCAUGAAACCAAGUUUUUCUAUCUUUCGAUAUCGAUUUAGCGCAAACGAACAUUCGAAAGUAGAUAGAUGCACACAUAUUUAUGUAGUAAUAGUGUGUAAUGACUUCAUUAAACGCAAUUAUUUUUUGUAUAGAAAGCGAGCCACCUUAAUACUUUAACACAUUAGGUACAUUGUACUUUUGCUGCAAUACUAGCCGAUUUAUAUAUACUAUUAUUAUAAUAUAUAUUGUGUAGGUUCAAGAACCGAAUUGAAUUUCUAUGUUAGUUUUAUAAGUAAUUUUUAAUCGAGCUUUAGAUUUUUUUCGGGCAUCGUAUCGCGGUGGUAUACACUUUUAAGUUUUCUUAGCUGCCUGGUUAAUACAUGCCUUCUCCAUAUGUUAUUUUGGAUUGAAAAUAUUAUUACUUGUGACAUAUGUUACACUAGAUUUUGGUUUACACCGUACAAAUCAAUGUAAUUUACAUUAAUGUAAACAAAGUUCUCGCAAGUGAUACCUGUUAUCUUUGAUUUGUAUAUCUUGUAUAUUUACUACUUGUAUUAUGUAUUGAUAAGAAAUCUUGUGAUCUAACUACCACUAUUGUUGCGAUUUAUAUGCGUAUGUAUCUCUUUUUCGUUGUUUAUAAUUAUUGUUACGCAAGUGUAUAAAGUUGAAAUCAUCCAAAUGCAAGACGAUUUCUUCUGAUAAGUAUGCGAGUACGAGAGAAACGAAUGCAUUAGAGCCAGACCAAGAUAAGUUGGCAGCCAUUUUGAUAAUCCAGACAGUGCAAGUGUUAAGUAAACGUCAUAAUUCAUAGAAGUUUGACGUUUUAAAUAACACUGGCACCGUCUGGGCUCUCAAAAUCGCUGCCAACUUACCUUGGUCUGACUCUGUCUGUGAAAAACGCUACCGCCCCACCAGUACUAUCUUGAACACAAUUAACUGUCUAUUUGGAAACCUUGCAAUGACAAGGUCAACCAUUCUACCAAUGAUCAGUUACGUGGGUUCCCGGAAGUACGGAAGGCAUAUAAUGGUUACAUUUGUCACCACAUUGGUGUUCCUAAUAAGGUAAUUAGAUUUAGGUAUCUUAUUAGAAUAAUUAACCAAUUUAAUCCUUUGAACGACACGCCUAUUUUAUACAACGCGUCAUCGUGAACCCUGUCGGAAACAGUGCGCUUCUGUAGCCGUCAUUGGCGGUCUAAGGGUUAGGAAUUCGCGGUCUAAGGGUUAGGAAUUCCUUACUAGGAAAACCAAAUGUUUCAUGUUUCGUCAAUGCGACCAUAAUAGCCUUUGUGUAACCGGCAUGUUGAAAACUUCAUGUUGCGUAUCAACAUUCUUAUUCCAGAGACAAACUUUACACGGACUGUUAAUAGGCUGUGGUACAAACUGGAACGCACUUUUGUAUGGAGAUAACCAGUCCGUAUUAUUAAUAACAAAGAGUUAUUGUUGUUAGAAAAGGUUGAAAAAUUCUGACCUUGAAAAUUAUACGACGCCAUAUAUUUUGUGGUAACUGAAUUGCCUUACGUCAACUUUUGGCAGGACAAACUACCACAAUGUAUACAGAAUGCUGAGGCUCUACAGCGACAUCUAUUUCAAAUUCGAGGCACUGAUUGUUCUUAGACUUUGCAGUUAUGUACCUCUUCUUAUAUUAAUAACUCUUUGUUGAUGGGAUCCGUUUACACUUUGUUUCUUCACUUGGAUCAUUAUGCUAUUCGCUUAUGAAAGUGCUACAUUCCUCGAGGUAAAGGAAAGAGUUGUCACUAGUAUGUGAAAUGUUUGUACAAAUUGUAUGUCUUGUGUCGCGUGUUAUGGUGUAAUAAAAUUUCUAAAACUUAAA